UGAGAUGAUCGCAGUACGCAUACUUGUGCAAGUGACAUAUGUGUUCAUUAUUGCCUUGGAUACAUUAAUUUUAUUUACAUUGUUUUGAAUAGAAUUUUAAUUUCUUACACUAUUUGCAGCUUAUCUGGUAAAUAUGGACCGUAUUCUUUCAAAGCUUUUCGCCUCCGAGACAGAAGAGUUGUAUGUUUUGGACUGCCUGGCAUACUUCAUGAUUUUCAUGGCUGCUUGUACCUUCAUAACAUUACUAUUUGAGAAUGUCCCCUAUGGCAGAUACGCAACAAGCAGAUAUGGAUUCCCCGUCAACGUCAAAUUCGCCUGGUUCGUGCAGGAACUACCUGCUUUUCUGGUGCCACUGUGCCUAGUGCUGUGGACUUCUGCGGCGAAAACCACUCAUCUUCCCAAUCAGUUACUGCUGAUCAUGUACUUCUGCCACUAUGUGCAAAGAUCUCUCAUCUAUCCAUUUUUAAUUCGUGGAGGGAAAUCUACACCAUUUGCAUCGUUCGCCUUGGCCUUUGUGUUCUGCAUCUAUAAUGGCUACAUGCAGGUCAGAUACCUGAGCCACUAUGCAGAGUACUCUGCUGAUUGGGUUACCAGCCCUUGCUUUAUCACAGGCUCUGCGCUAUGGUUGGUGGGUUGGUUGGUGAACGUUCACUCAGACCACAUCCUGAGGAACCUACGGAAGCCUGGAGAGAUCAGCUACAAGAUACCAACAGGUGGGCUGUUUGAAUAUGUGUCUGGAGCAAACUUCUUUGGUGAGAUAACAGAGUGGGCGGGAUUUUCCCUGGCGGCUCAUUCUGUCCACAGCGCAUCCUUCGCCAUCUUCACUCUCAUUGUUCUUGCCAGCAGAGCCUUCGCUCACCACAGGUGGUACCUUCAGAAAUUCGAAGACUACCCCAAAUCCAGGAAGGCAUUGAUACCAUUUGUAUUAUAAUGAUUCACUACAAUGAUCCAACCUCCAACAGCCCAAUGCAACGAGCUGUGACCCUAUGCUACAUCAUCUGGGGUCUGGUUAGGUUUGUUAUUGCUUGUUUGUUUGGGUUUAUCUCAAGAGAAUACGUACAAGGAUGAACACAAUGAGUACUGACAAUUCUAUUCACUGGGAAGAUAUGAAGAGCUCCAGAAACCACAACACCAAUGACAAGAUUAUUAGACAUGCCCUGAUGGAGGCUACAAUGCCAAGUAGAGGCAAUUUAUUUUAUUGAGAAAAAAGAAAUCCUCCAAGAGUGGCUGGAUAUAUUUUUCACAUGGUUGCACCUCAGCUCUCACCAACUUGGUUAUGUCCCGCAAUGAGAUUUACUAUAGUAUGUGGCGACUUACUUUUACGAUACUUUCACAGCGGACCAACCAACAGAACCAAUCCAUCUUACAAAGGUUCAGCUCCAUUUCAACACAUCCCCUAACCUCUGCCCUUCCCCUAACUCCCUGCAGAAGUGUGUGCAUCUCUCGCCCUCUCUGUUGCAUGCAGGCGGAGAAUGAGCCAACCAUCAAAACACAAUCUGUCAGUAGAGCUCUAGUUUCCCCGGUGAGACAACCCAGUGCUAGAAGGAUUGAGAAUUAACUUACUGUCAACACUCAGGAAUGCACACAGACAGAUUUCACUGCUUGUGGAAGAAACUAGCUCUUUGUAUAUUCGUGCACUCACGUGUGUCAGAGGAAUCUGUCGUGAGCAGUGUUGUAGUCUUCCCCUAUGAUUUGUAGUGCUAGCAGCACUGAGGAUGAACCAACCCUUCACCGCACACACACACACACACACACACACACUUCGUGAGGCGACCCCAGCCUUAGGGCUGAAAAUGGGGUUAUGAACCAGAGAUACAAAUGAGAGAAAUGCUCCAUUCAGUCAGUAAGGCCACUGGGUUAGCCUAUCACCCAGAGCUUGUGGCUGCCAUAGAGAGAGACCAAAAGAAAGGGAGAGUGAAAAGAUAGUGAUGGAGGGAGAGAGAGUGGGCUAGUGAGGGAGUGAGCAAUACUCAACCUGACAUUCUUGCUCUGGGGGUUUUCCUUGGCUCUGUCACAUGCAGCACGUGAGCAGGGAGGGAAGCAGACAUUAUGCAAAGAGCGCACACACAGUACAGAAGGUGCUGCCAGUAGGCUCCAGCUUGCCUCAUUCCAUUACAGAGUUUAAUGGGCUGGAAGAUGGCUGUGUGUAGGGUUGACUGCAAAUGGUGUCUGGAAUCGCUCUCUCUUUGCGUGUGUAAUGACGAACACCUCUAGUUACGUGUUCCCCGUCUCCUUCCCAGCCCUCUGUCUUCACAUGUGGUUUAUAGUAUCAAUCCUGUAAGUGAGGAUAGUAUAUUUUUAAUUGGGCAGCAAUUAUUUUUUUACUGAAACAUUGGAUUCAUUUCAAUGAUAUGUCAUGAAUGGAAUCAAAAUAAGUAACAGAAUUGGAAAUGCUGAACUGCACUGUGGACUCCAUCUCUCUCUGUGUGUGUAGUGUUCUCAAGAGUCAAGCUAUUACAACCAUUGCCCCAAGCCACAUUUGUCUGAGGUAAGAGCUCACCUUGUGAAUUCCUUGUGGUCUUAGGACAGUAUUGCAUUUUGACUCACACUGAACUGAGCUGUUAGCAAGCAGUAAAAUGGGUUAUUGAGCUCCUUAGCUUACCAGGGUCAUUCAGGGAGAGACUAGGAUCAAUGACAUUAAAAAGUCACCCAGCUUGUGGUAAUACAUUCUUUUUAAAAAAUUUUUUUUAACCUCUACAAGGACCAGGAAGUAAUUUUAACAUAAGUAUUUUCUGAUGUAAGAGGGAUGCUCCAAAUGAAACGACCUGUUUCUUAAUGUAAUCAAUUAAAACAUUUUUUUUUAUUGCCAAUCUGUCAUGCACAAAGGCUGUCCAACAUUUUGCCAGGGUUAUUCAAAUUUCUCAUUACCAUGUUGACUGAUUACUUAUUUCAAAUUAACUUUAUUUUAGCAGUCUACUCCUGUUAUGAUACUCGGUGCUGUUAUUGAAUUAUUCAUAAUACAUAUUUUGCUGUAUAAACAUGGUCAAAAAUU